GGGAAGAGGGGGCGAAGAGAAAAGAACUAAUGUAGUAGUAGUACCUUUCGGUGGUUUACUAUUCGAUCUAGUCUAGUACGUAGGAUACUACUACUAUCCUCUUCGACAAGUACCUCCGAACCCAAUCGCAUACCGAGGCGGAGAGGAGGGGGGUGAUAGGAAGGGAGUUGGUCCAACACAUCUUUCCCUCAAUCUCUGGUAAAUUGAUUAAGAUUCGAUUAAAAUAGUAAUAAUUCUCGGAGAGGGAAGUAAUUUAUUUCGGGCCAGACAGCAGAAGAAAACCAUUGCUGACGGUUCACAGCGUCAACGGUGUCCCCGUGUCGUGACUGACGUGGUCGCUCCCUCAGCCAGUCGAUCGCAUCCGCUCAUCCACUCGGCAUGUGCAGAAUCCUUCCUUUCCACCAAUCAUGGCCACCUGCUUUCCCUUCUUAUUCCACUUUCCCUCUUUUUUCCCUCUUUCGUCUUUUCUUUUCAAUUCCCAUUCUCAUUCUCUACACCUGAUUCAAGAUGAUCCAGAAAGCAAGAGGUCCGUGGGCACAUUUGCCCUGCUUUCCUCAUCCUUGGCGUUCCCGUUCGGUUCAUUCAUUGUCCGGCCUUCACGUCCAUGUAUGUAUGUAUGUAUGUACCGGCCAUACCGACAUCAUCCAAGUACUCGUAACUACUAGGUAGACUAGCAGGAGUACUAGGCAGCGUUCCGUGGUCAAUACCAAUAUGUACUGGAUUUAGUGAUCGGUAAAGUUCACAUCAUCGCCGAGUUGGGUAGUGGUUCAGUCAUUUGCCAGAUUGCCAAAGGGCUUCCUGUCGUCCACUCAUUUCCCCCCAUGUCAUUCCCAUCAAUCCACGUCAGGUUGGUGAUUCAGAGCCGACCAGAAAUGGCCCCAUCCAGCGCCAUCCCUACCCGCCGAAAGUAACACCUUCUCGCGGGCCAAGAUGAGGUCCGAUCUUCGUCCGAGAGGUUCGGUGAUAGGCUCAACUGCCCACCUUUCGGGCACAGGGAUCGACCUACACUGUUACACAAGGCCAUCCUGGCUGAAUGAUC